AAGAAAAGAAAAGAAAAGAAAAGAAAAGAAAAGAAAAAAAUCUCUCUCUCUCUCGCUCUCGGUGGUCGGUUAUAUCAAAGCAGAGUUUGGCCUAUAUUUUACCAGGUCUCGUUCAUCGUCAUCAUCAUCAUCAAAAAGAAAAGAAAAGAAAAAAUGUUUGUGAAGAAGCUCGUGGAGAAAGCUUCCAUUAAGAAGAGUGGAAGUAAUAACUAUGAGGGUGUGAAGGUGAGUGAUGUGGAGCCACGACUUGUAUUUCAUAAUGGCAUUCCAAGUGGCUCUAACAUCUUUGCUUAUGAUCCUCUCCAAAAAAUACUCGCCAUUUCUACUCAGGAUGGCCGUCUUAAAUUAUUUGGAAGAGACAAUACUCAAGCUCUACUUCAAUCUAAGGAAGCAGAGCCAACCAAGUUUCUCCAGUUCUUUCACAACCAAGGCAUCCUUGUAAAUGUGACUUUCAAGAACUACAUUGAGGUUUGGGACAUUGAGAACAAAGUGUGGUCUCAUGUGCAUGCAUUUCAACAUGAGAUCACCUCUUUUGCAAUAAUGCAGCAAAGUCCCUACAUGUACAUUGGAAAUUCUCUUGGCAAUGUUUCAGUUUUGAAACUCGAGAAAGAACCGUUCCGUAUAGUACUAGUACAAACGAACUACACGAUACCCUUUUCAAUUUCUCAUGGGAAUUCGACUGAAGUUUCUGCUGAGAAUGCCGUGGCUCAUAUUCUGCCUCAACCAAUGGCAGAAAGUAAGAGAGUUCUGAUAAUAUUUAGAGAUGGUUUAAUAGUUCUAUGGGACAUUCGAGAAAGCAAACCCGUUUUCAUAACUGGCGGAAACGUGUUGCAAUCACUGCAUCAUGAAGCAACCAAAGCAACAUCCGCAUGUUGGGCAUGCCCUUUUGGGACUAGAGUUGUUGUUGGUUACAACAAUGGGGAGAUCUUCAUCUGGAGUAUUCCUCCUAUCAUAAACUCAAGAGCUGGAUUAGCAUCUGACUCUCCCACGCAAAACACUCCGGUAUGCAAACUCAAUGUUGGAUAUAAAUUGAACAAGAUUCCUAUAGCAUCAUUGAAAUGGGCCUAUGCUGAUGGCAAAGCGAGUCGACUUUAUGUCAUGGGAGCCUCUAACUUUGAGUCUGAAAACUUGUCCCAGCAGGUAGUCCUAUUGAACGAGCACACUGAAUCCCGCAUGAUCAAACUCGGGCUACAUUUGCCCGAGCCUUGUAGUGACAUGGACAUCAUAUCAGGUGCUAGUGAGCAAGGCAAACAUAGACAAGUUUAUUUCCUUUUGGUUGGAAAAUCAGGCCAUAUUUAUGUCUAUGAUGAUUGCUCAAUUGAAAAGUACCUCCUACAACUGCAAUCUAGGUCCCAUAAUACACUUCCAAAGGAAGUUAUGGUGAAUAUGCCUUUUGUUGAUUCAAGCAUCACUGCAGCCAAAUUUAUAACUGAUAAUCCUUCUUUAGAUUUUGCAAAUGAGGACUAUGCUGUGCUGGCAAAAGAUUUUCCUCAUAUGUUUUCUUUGGAGAACAAAACGAAAGAUGGGUCAACUCAGUUUAGUGGAUUUUCCAAGGUUAAAAACUUGUAUAUAACCGGGCAUAGAAAUGGAGCCAUAACUUUUUGGGAUGUGUCUUCCCCAAUUUUCAUCCCAAUACUCUCACUAAAGCAACAGAAUGAAGAUGAUACAUCUGUGAGUGGCAUAGCAGUCACAGCAUUGUCUUUCGACCACAAUUCGCGGCUUCUAGUUUCAGGAGACCAGAGUGGAACGGUUCGCAUUUAUAAACUCAAACCCGAGGCAUAUGGUACAGAAAACAGUUUUUUGUCUCUUCAAGGAAGCACCAAGAAAGGAAACUGUCACAUUAUUGAUAGCAUUAAGCUCAUUAAGAUUAAUGGUGCUAUACUUUGUAUGAAUAUAAACCAAGACUCCAAACAUCUAGCAGUUGGUUCUGAUCAAGGCUAUGUUUCAGUUGUUGAUAUAGAGGGUCCCACUCUAUUAUAUCAACAACAUAUUGAGAGUGAACUGUGUACUGGAAUAGUCUCGCUUCAGUUCCGGAGCUGCAGUUUACAUGGUUUUGAGAAGAAUGUGUUGGCAGUUGGGACCAAAGAUUCAUCUGUUUUGGCUCUUGAUAGUGACACUGGAAAUAAACAAAGCUCUACCAGUGUUCAUCCCAAGAAGCCUUCUAAAGCUCUUUUCAUGCAUGUCUUGAACGGGCAAGACACACCAGGCAAAGGGAAUGCUUCUGAGGGGUCCGGGCCGAUGCAACCGUUAUUAUUGCUAUGUUCUGAGAAAGCCUUGUAUUUGUACUCCUUCACACAUGUCAUUGAGGGAGUUAAGAAAGUCAUCUGCAAGAAGAAGUUCCAAUCCUCUUGUUGUUGGGCAUCAACAUUCUAUAGUUCCUCCAAAAUCGCCCUUGCACUCCUUUUUUCCAAUGGAAGAAUUGAGAUAAGGUCGUUGCCGGAGUUAACCCUACUAAAGGAGACUUGGAUAAGAGGUUUUGCAUAUUCUACUCCAAAACCAAACUCACUAUCCAACACUUCCAUAUGCUCCUCCUCAGAAGGAGAUAUUGUCAUGGUGAAUGGUGAUCAGGAAAUAUUCGUCGUCUCGGUUUUGUCCCGCAAGCAAAUCUUUAGGCAUUUGGAGUCAGCUAGCCAAGUGUAUAGGAAAGAUCUGGUGGUUUCACAAGAAGAAGGGCUUGUAUCUGCAGGACCCUUCAUCCACAAGGAAAAGAAGAAGGGUAUAUUUAGCGCCGUCAUCAGAGACAUUACUGGCAGCAAGUCAAAGCCUGUUCCUGAUCACGCAGAUAUAGAAGAUGCUAGGAAAAGUUUGAAGGAGCUUGAAACAAUCUUCUCAAUUGCCAACUUUCCGGUUCAUACCGACGAUACAGAUAAUAAGGCCAUGGAUGAAGGAGAGGUUGACUUGGACAUAGAUGACAUUGACAUUGACGGUGCCGCCGAAAAACCCAAAGAACAGAAUAUGUUGGCUGCUGCUCUAAAUAAACAGAACUUGGCAAGCAAAUUUCGGGUUUUAAAAGGUAAACUGAAACAUGGGAAAACCAAAAAUGAGAAGAACUCGACCAAGGAAGAACAGCAAGAUGAGAAGGCUGCUGGUACAGUUGAUCAAAUAAAGAGGAAAUAUGGGUUUUCUAAUGCUAAUGAAACAAGUGUUGCUAAAAUUGCUGAAAGCAAGCUGCAAGAUAACGUGAGAAAAUUUCAGGGAAUCAGCCUGCGAGCUACCGAGAUGCAAGACGAGGCUAAAUCAUUCUCAUCAUUGGCAAAUCAAGUGUUGCAAAUUGAACAGAAUAGAAGAGCCUCGUAAUCCUUCUCCCUCAUUGUAUUUAUCAUACUUGAAAAAUAUUCACUGGUUCUUAUUUGUUGGUUUUUUUCUUCAACCCUUCCAUUCUUUUGCACUAAAAUACUGUACUCUUCAUGUAAAUGACAAAAACAUGCACACGCAGUGUCCUUUCUGUUGUUGUUUUUACAAAGUUGUAAUGAAAAGCAAGAGCGUAUGUGGAAAUCUCAAAGCCAAAGCCAAAGCCAUACGAGAAGAGCAAAACUUCUUUUCAUGCAUAAUCUUAACAAAGUUUUUUAUCUUAAGCAUCAAGACUACUGUCGAGGACUGAAAAGGACUAUUCGGAACAA